AUGAAGUUGGUCGGCCAUCUAGUACUUUUUGCGCUUUUCAUCGUUAAUAUUAUUCAAUGUGAAGAACAUUUAUAUGUGAAUGGACCUUUUGGAAAAAGACAUUUAACAGUCGACAUACCAAGUCCAUACAAUUGUAAUCGAAGUAUUGGGAUUUCUGAAUAUUUAACUCAUCGUAUACAAAUAAGCGAAUUGCAAGUUUCAUCGACACAUUAUUCGAAUAACGAAGAGAUUUAUGUCUCAUGGAUUCCAUCGCUAAAUCCAUGUCAAGAUGAUUUCAUUGGUGCUUAUUUUGUUGAAACUCCUCUAAUCGAACCCUGUAGCUAUCUGGAUUUUGAAGUGGUGCAACAAAGUCAAAGUAAUUCGACAUGGUUGAUGAUUAAUCUUCGUCAUCAACUUGAAUUUCGUUAUUUUUCACGUGAUGCCAAUUGUAAUGGGACUUAUCAAUUUAUUGCGAAAUCUCCCCUUGUAGAGCCUUUGAAUUACAAUGAACCCGUUCAUAUACACUUAGCUUUUGGUGAUCGAAAUGAUCAGAUUUAUGUUUCAUAUUUAACGAAUUCCAACCAAAUCAUUCCAAAAUGCCAAUACGGUUUUGAUUCGUCUUCGCUUAAUUUUCAAGUUAGUGGUACUUCAAUUACUUAUCAAGCAUCAGAUAUGUGUGAAGGAAAAGCAAACAUUACCGGACCACAGACAUUUAUUAAUUCUGGUUAUAUGCAUACAAUGCUUUUACAAGAUCUUCGUCCAUCAACAAUUUAUUACUAUCGUGUAGGAAGUGAUGAACAUGGUUGGUCAGAAGUCAAUGUGUUUAUUAAUCGACCAUCAUCGAUUGAUGACGAAGUUAAUUUAAUUGCAUACGGUGAUAUGGGUGUAUCACCAAUCCAAUCAGGCGCCAAACCAACAAUUGAUCGAGUAUUAACAAGAGUUAUAACAAACAAUGUGACAGCGAUAUUACAUAUUGGUGAUGUUAGUUAUGCAAGAGGCGUUGGUGCACUUUGGGAUGCAUUUAUGAGUCAAAUAGAAGCGACNAAGGAGUUCAAAACUUGUUCAUUUAGAUCAUUUAAGGCAAAAAAUUUGAAAUGGAAUGUUGAAAAUGGCUGCGCAAUCUUUUUCCAUAGACGCCCAUUAAGCACAUCACAAUGGAGAGAAAUAUUCAAAAUUUGA